AACCGCCAUGUUUUUUUACAAGUCGACGAGAAACGAAGCUAUUUUACAGACAUUUAUGCAUCGCAAAUAAUGGAUUUAAUAUGAAGCAUAGGCAAACCUCAGCAUUACUUGCCGUUGGCAGAAUGCUUGACUUUUUCGGCGACGUAAAGGUUGUUCAGAGCAGUUUGUAGAGCCUCGGGCCAUCGUAGACAAAUGUCUGCAUUUGGCUCUCAGCAGCUGAGGGGGUGAAAAGCACAAUAUUUGGAAAUCAUGGAGAAAGUGGAGGUGUUUGAGGUUGUGAAAGUGACUGAGGAGGUGGAGAACUGCUACAAACACAUGGAGGUGACUACCCCGAAAAAGAGGAAGAGCAAAGCUCAAGAAGACAGUGUUGAGAAACCUAAAAAGUCUAGGUCUGCCUACCUACUAUACUACUUUGAUGUUCACCAGAUUAUGCAACAGGAAAUUCCUAAUCUGCCACAGUCAGAGAUCAACAAACGUAUCAGUGAGAGCUGGAAAAGGCUCAGUGUAGCUGAGAAAGCCUACUAUCUGGAGAAGGCCAAGUCUGAGAAGGAGGGUGUAGACACAUCGUCUCUCAGCCCCUCCAAACAUCCGCCAGGCUUCCGCAAAAUCCUCCCCAGAGCCAGUUACUUUCUCUUGGCUAAAGGCUGCUCCUCAAAUCACCAGCCAGGAGGCUCUCAACCAGAGGUGAGCGUGGAGCCUCUGGAGUCUCCAGUGGAGGGAGGCCUGUCUUCCGUCUCUUUCACCCAAGAACCCCAGUUCACACCUCUUGAGCUGGCCGGUGAGGUGGAACUUUCCGAACACCCCAUCGUUGUUGAUGACACAGCAGAGGAAACGGCACGGGCGUCUCAUCCCACGUCCCCCCAAGGAAUCCCACCCUCGUCUUCCUCCUUUGUGUCGUCCUCCACAGAUGCCUAUGUCUCACAGGGCUCUGCUGACAUUACCGCAAAUGGGGUCAUGCUGAAAGGAAAUGAGACGAGAGUUGCUGGUAGUGGUCAUGCUGGGGCGAUGGUGCAGCAGAUACAGGGGGAAACUACACAGAUUGUUGCUAUCAUACCCACCCAGAACCUGUUGGAGCCCAAGUCUUUGGCGGGUGUCAGCUCUGUGGGCUCAGUAAUGAUGGUCUCUGUAGGAGCCAGAGUAGAACAAAGUGCCAAACCUUCAUAUAAAAUGUCUGUAAAGACAUACACCAGGAGAGGUCGAGGGAAGUGUCUAAAGCCUGGAUGUUCAUUUGUGUAUGUCACCCGCCACAAGCCACCGACGUGCCCUGAAUGUGGGAGCCACUUGGGCGGAAAAUGGAUACCUGCUGCAAAGAAGACACAAGAGAAAGAAGCUGCGUCUAAGAAGUUGCCACAGAAAGCUGGAACCAAGUCUAACGAAAGCUGCCAACCCACUCCUCCCCCUUCUCAGGAGGGGAAGGCUGAGGGCAGUAAAACAAACCCCACUAGGAGCAAAAAAGAAGCCAGAGUUCAACAGUGCUCCAGAAAGCAGCAUGCAGUUCCAGCUGGAAAGCCAUCAGAGGGCAGCAGUACCAAGGAGCCAGAACAAACGAAUGUUGUGAGCUCAACAGUCCAAAGUCAAUACAGAAGCAGUGGCGCUGUUCGAAAGAGACCUGUGAGACCCAUCCUUCCUGCCUGCUAUAGAACAGGCCGUGCUGUGUUCCAGAUCAUAACUGUCCCACCUGACAAAGGAAAAUUUCAGAGUGUAAACAACAAUAAGUCAUUCACUGUGCCUCAAGAGAGUUUCUCAGGUCUCAAACCCAGCACUUUAAAGCAGCUCGGACAGACUGUCCCGACCACUGCCAAGCAGGAUUCUUCUGGCCCUGCAGAUGGUAGUCAGCCUGUGUCUUCACUGGCUGAUGGGAGAGUGAACAUCCUGUCAGUCGCCCCUUUCAAACAGCACACCGUUUCCAGCUUUGAUUUGGGACUGUCUACGGCGCGCGGAAGGGGUCGGUGUAAGAAUCUGUCCUGUGACUAUAUGUACAAGAACAGACACAAACCUGCAGUGUGCCCUAAAUGUGGCUGUGAGCUGACCCAGAAGAACACCAAGGGAUCAAAGUCUGGGACUCUGCUCGAUCCGUACCAGGCCCUGAGUCCUGCUCAGAAGGACAUCCAGCGCCAAAAUACCCUGCAGUUACUGCAGCGUUUCCUGCAGAUUCCCGAGAGCGAGACUGAGCUCCAGGAAACGUUGACCCUCAUCCAAGAGCUCAACAGUCUCCAGAUCGUCUUGGUUCAACCAGGAGACCAGGAGCACGGGGGCAGCGUAGAGACGGAGUACCUGGUCGAGUCUGGGUGGCCUCAGUUCUAUGAAUCGGCAGCUACUCAUUGUGGCCUGUGUAACUACCCUCUGUUCAAGGGAAGUCAGAGUACUGUCGCAGGACAAGAGGACUGCUGGCUGCUUACGGAGACACUGAUCCAGACAGCCUCUCUCCAGCUGAAGGUGUGUCUCAACAUUCAGUGUCUGGCUCUGCACUGCUUCACCGACCUGCAUCCAGGUUUGUUCAACAUUGGGAACAGACUGCUGGUCAGUAUUGACCUUUUCCUGAAGAUCAGAGCCAGCAUCAGACUGGGUCAAACCCCUUCUCAGGCAGCCAAGACCAUGCUAGACCAUGUCCCCAAUCACCCCGUCCACUCUCUGAGUGCAGAGGAGUUAUCUCAAAUUCACGAGCUUCUCCUCAGUGGCUACUGGGCCUUUGAGUGUCUGACAGUGCGCGAUUACAACGACAUGAUCUGCGGCAUUUGUGGCAUUGCUCCCAAACUGGAGAUUGCAGAGCGACACACAAGCAACGUACUGGAGCUAAAGAAUGUGGAGUUUACCUGGCCUGAGUUUUCGGUCUCGGAUGAGGUACAUGUUGAUGACUUCUGGCUGACCAUGGAAAGUGAGGCUAUCGAGCAAGCGACUUUCCCCACUGACAUCCCUAUCACACGUGUGGAUGCUUCGAUCAUCGCUCCCUUCAUUCCCCCACUGAUGAGGAGUCCCACUGUUAUCAACACGGAGAAGGACAAAGUCCUGUCACACACACAGCAGCCCUCAGGAGAUCCAUCAGUUCUGGUGCGUCUCAUUCAUGAUGGUGACCUGAGACUCGACAAGAUUGAACACCACAGUGAGGACGAGCUGAGAACAAUACUGGACCGCUGCGGGGCAAGCAUCACUCCUGGCUCCACUAAGACCGAGUUGCUGGCCUCCCUGAUCUCCUUGUACACACUUGUUCACAGCGGCCUCGCCACUGGCCCACAGCCCCCUCCACACCUCACCGGUGGCAAGCUGUCCCAGCUCUGCCCCCACAAGGUGGUGUGCGGCUCUAAGUACUUGGUGAGAGGCGAGACGGCUCGAGACCACGUAGACCUGCUACUGUCCUCUCGGUACUGGCCCCCAGUCUAUAUUAGUGACUGUGCCCGUCAGGUGGCCCUCUGUGCUGACAUGCAGUACCCAGAACUGGCAACCCGGAUGUGGGGCAGGAACCAAGGCUGCUUCUCUGACCCUUUCGAAAAGCCAGAUUUUGUGUCAUGUGCUGAGCUACAAGACCAGCCGUACAGCGCUGACCUGUCUUCGGUUGGAGAGAACCAGCAGGUCCACCCCAUCACCAAGUCAUCUUGUUGCUGGCUGGUUCAUCCUCCUGGAGCAGCCCAGGAGCCUCUUGCUGUUCCUUCAGUUCACCACUCAAUGGUCCUCUGCAGAGAUCUGGAACCCUAUGUCAGCCUAGUGUCUAAGCAGAAGGAACAGGAGGAUGACGAAGGAGCAGAACAGAAAGAACAGACGUACAAAGCCGAGAAUGACUCCACGGAGCAAUCGAACGACAAUUCGUCAGUAGGCCGUGUGCGGCAGCAACCUGUGGCUUUCAACAACACAGCUUAUUACUACCUUUACAACCGUCUGGUAGAUUUCCUCACCAGCAGGGACAUCGUGAGCCAGCAGAUCAACCAGGUGGUGAAGGCCUGCCAGCCUGGGGAGGUAGUGAUCAGGGAUGCUCUGUACCGACUGGGAGUGGCACAGAUCAACACAGAAAAGGAGGAAGAUGAAGCAAGUGGUAUGGAGGGGCAGACACAAGAGGGAGGGACAGAGAUUUAUGAGGUUGUGCGUCCUGAAUGAAAAUGAUCUGGACAGACAAUCAGCAGACAGGCAGAGGGGUGGACUGAAUGUAAAGAUGGCUGCAUGCAAAGAUGGGAGUACAAGAGAGAGACAGCCAUGAGGGGAGACCCAAGUGCUACCAGAGGGAUCCAAGAGUUUGGAAGCUACAGAGCUAACCCCAAUGAGCGAGGGAAGCAGAAUAAGCAGGAGAGUAUCAGAACCUUUAAUCAGCUAUAUGUGAGGUGUGAGGAAAUAGGCUGAAUGUGGAUAAAGUGGGUGGAAUUUAGCAGAAAUGGACCUUACUGUAAGUAAUAAGAAGAAUGCAGAGUAGUCAGUAGUGUUUACCGUGAAGAUACUAAAAAAGAAUCACAAUUUCACAUUUUUUAACUACAGUAACAGUGAGUGUGAGAAUAAAUAAAAGUCAAGACGAUGGAGACUGAACGUCAACAUCACCAUUUCAAAUGACUAAAAGAAUGUAACAAUAUUUUACCAAUAGGGUGUCGAGAGCUGAAAGAAGUGAAAGUGAAAUCUAAUUCGGUGCUUUCCUGUGACUGAAGGAAUGUCAACAGGAUUUGACACUCACACAACUCUGCUACUUCAAGCCUAAAUGUGUGUAUAUAUAUAUAUCUAACCAUGUAUGUAUGUAUGUAUGUAUGUAUGUAUGUAUGAGUAGUAUGUUGUAUUUAUUUCCCUUUUAUGUCCAGAGACAUGUCUGCUUUAGGUUUUACACUCUUACCUCUCACUUGCCUCGCGUUGCCUUUUGGACUGAUGUUUGCUUUUGAAUAGUGAUGAUAAGAUGCAUAUCUGUGGAUUGUACUGAAUCAUAGUGUGGUGGUGGAUCUUGUGGCUUUAGUUUGGAUUACAUUUUCUGCUCAAGAGAGAUCCAUUCAAAGACACAUAACAAUCGAUUUGUUUAAUUCAGCAGCCGGCCUUUGAAGAUAUAGUAAAUCUGCCUGCAUGAAGUGCUUCACAGAGGUUACUCUUUUUGCUAGCUCUGGUCACUAAUGCUUUGCUUAGCAAUUAAAAUCAAUGAUGGGCUAACAAGACUUUGAAGCACCGAGGCUGCCAAUUGUCUUGAAAAUUGGGUUAAUUUGCCAAGACUUCAAGUGUUCAGUAGCAACACCUGUUGGUCAAAAGACAUCACAGCAGCAAGGCAUAUUGCGUAGAUAAAGAAAAUAUUGCAGUAGUUGAAUCAAUUAUGUCCUGUAAAUUAAACUGCUGACAUAACAAAGAAAUUAAUUAUUUUGCAGCUCUGGUUUGGAUCUGUGGUAAAAUAGUCAAACUAAAAAUACAGUUUCAAAAUCCUAACCCUUACCCUCAUUAAAUAGAUAAUAAAACCCUUAUCAAGCAUUACUACUGCCUAGUGGCUAUUAGUAGAAUUUGAGAAUAUGGAGGAGCAAUGUUUCUGUGUUUCAUUAAAUAAUGAAGCUUCUUUUAA